AUGAAACUGUUCAUAAGAAGCUUGACAGGAGAAACACUUGAUUGGUACACAUGCCAAGAUUCGCAGAAAUGGCAUAGUUGGGGAGAGAUGGCACAAGAAUUCAUGGAUAGGUUCAGGUUUAAUACUGAGACUGUCCCAGACAGAUUCUAUUUGAUGAAGCUGGAAAGGAAGUCAAUAGAAACUUUCAGAGAAUAUGCUAUGCGUUGGAGAGCAGAAGCCGCAAAAGUCCAGCCCCCAAUGGCGGAAAGUGAGAUGACAACGCUCUUUGUACAAUCUUUGAAAGAUGCCACAUACAAUGAAAGAUUGAUAAGUGUCAUUGGGAAAAAGUUUUCUGAAGUUAUUAGGAUGGGAUAUUUCAUAGAAGAAGAUUGUGAUUUGGAAGGGACCAUUGUAUCAGUCAAAAAAGAGGCAAAGGUUGAAUCAUCAGCCUUUAUUGCUCCAAAUUAUCAGUCUGAUGAAAGGAACAAAGAAAAAGAAAAAUUGGUUGUAGAGACUGUUGCUGCUGGAUUGACUAGAUCUGGGCGGUGUUAUGCCCCCGAAGAGGUAGCACGAGGAACACCUAGUAAAGAAAACGGCCAGAGGAAGGCUGUGACCAAGGCUGAAGUCGAAGAAUUCUGGAGGAAAAUGCCAACUAAGGAAUAA